AUGGCACAAAGCCCGUCUCGAGACUCGCAAAUGGAUGGCACCUGGGUCACGCUGGCACACCCCGGCAGUCACCGGCAGGCCGAGUCUUUGCCCGACCGCGUUCGCCGCGUCGAGGCAGACCUAAACGACAUCAACACCUUCUACAGCAUCUCCAUCUCUCCCGCCCGACACGAGCGUCUGCAGCGAUUCUACGCCGACGAGGCGCGGUCGCUGCUUCGGCUUGACUUUGACGCCCUUGGCCAACAGGGCAAAGUCGACUUCAUCCUCCUGCGGAAAUAUCUGCAGCGGAACACUCUCCAGCUCAGGGCCGAGCAAGAUGGCUUUGUUCAUCUGAAGCCGCUGCUGCCCUUUGGAGACAUCAUAAUUACCCUCUGCGAGAAGCGAGAAAGGGUCGAGCCCAUGGACGCCGAGCGCACCGCGCAGCAGCUCGACGACAUCAACACCAUGGUCGGCCGUGUCCAGCGAGACGUCGAGCAGGACAAGAUCAAGAUGGGCAAGACCAACGCCUUCAAGGCCUCCAACAUUAUCGACGAGCUGCGUGGCCACCUCGCCGAGUUCUUCGCCUUCUACGCCUCCUACGACCCCUCGUUCGACUACUGGGCAACAGUUCCCUACCGGACAGCCGACGGCGCCCUAGGCCGGCUUGUGCCGCUGAUCCAGACACGCCUGGCGGGCGUGCGCCCCGGCGGUGCUGGCGAUAUCAUAGGGGAACCCAUUGGUCGCGAAGCCUUGUUGCGCGAGCUCGAGGCCGAGGUGGUUGCCUACUCGCCCGAGGAGCUCGUCCGGAUUGCCCGUGACCAGUUCAGCUGGAGCGAGGGCCAGAUGCGGCGAGCCUCGCGCGAGUUGGGCUACGGCGACGACUGGAAGAGGGCCAUGGACCAAGACGUCAAGACGAGCUCCGUCCCGCCCGGCGAGCAGCCUGGCUUGGUGCUCGAGCUGGCGCGGGAAGGGGCGCGCUUCGUCGGCGAGCACGACCUCGUCACGGUGCCAGAGGUGGCUGAAACGUAUCGCGCUACAAUGAUGAGCGCGCAGCAGCAACAGACGGCGCCUUUCUUCCUCGGCGGGCCUUCGAUCCUGAUUGCCUAUCCGACUGCCGGCAUGGCGCACCAGCUAAAGACCAUGGUGAUGCGAGGAAACAAUCGCUACUUUGCGCGCGCAACCGCCUUUCAUGAGCUGAUUCCGGGCCAUCGGCUGCAGCUCUUCAUGCUGGAGCGUCACCGCAACUACCGGCGCCUCUUCACCACGCCCUUCUUCGUCGAGGGCUGGGCCACGUACUGGGAGUUGCUUUUCUGGCAGCGAGGCGACUUUUUCGUCUCGCCACGCGACCGCAUCGGCCACCUCUUCUGGCGCAUGCAUCGUUGCGCCCGCAUCCUCCUCACCGUCGGCUUCCAUCUCGGACAGACGACGCCCCAGGAGUGCAUUGAUUUCCUCGUCGAGUCGGUAAACCACGAGCGCCACACGGCCGAGGCCGAGGUCCGCCGCUGGCUCUCGGGCCAGUACGGCCCUCUCUAUCAGAUGGCCUACAUGGUUGGCGCCCUGCAGCUGCUCGCCCUGCGCUCCGAGGCCGUCGACUCGGGCCGCUGGACGGAGAAGCAGUUUAACGACCAGGUCCUGACCCUGGGCGCCAUUCCAAACGAGCUGGUGAGGGCCUUGGUGCUGGACAAGGAGCUUGAGCCCGACUACAAGGCUAGCUGGAAGUUUUACAAGCUGUGA